AUGUCUGGACGUGGAAAAGGCGGCAAAGUUAAGGGAAAGUCAAAGUCCCGUUCCAACAGGGCAGGAUUACAGUUUCCUGUUGGUCGUAUUCACCGUCUUUUACGAAAAGGAAAUUAUGCUGAACGUGUCGGUGCCGGUGCUCCGGUUUACCUGGCAGCUGUAAUGGAGUAUCUGGCUGCUGAAGUUUUGGAGUUGGCUGGCAAUGCUGCACGUGACAACAAGAAGACGAGAAUUAUACCACGUCAUUUGCAAUUAGCCAUACGUAACGACGAAGAAUUGAACAAAUUACUGUCUGGAGUAACAAUAGCACAAGGUGGCGUCCUGCCAAACAUUCAAGCUGUUCUUUUACCGAAAAAGACCGAAAAGAAAGCUUAA